GGGCCCCGCCCCCUGUCCCGCUCCCCGGCUCCCAUUGUCUCCGCAGAUGCCUCCUGGUCCUGCUACGGUGCUGGGGUUGUUCAGUUUUAGGGGACACGCUCCUAUUCUUUUCUUCGAGACGUCCCGCGGCCGAGAACGGGGUUCUAGAGUUCCGCGGACUCUUCUUUCCUCCUUAGGACCCACUUUGCCCCGUCCCAGGGAGGAGAGCACCUAUGUCUGCGCUGCGACCUCUCCUGCUUUUGCUGCUCCAUCUGUGUCCGGGUCUAGGGCCGGGACAUGGGAGUGAGGCAAAGGUCGUCCGGAGUUGUGCAGAGACUCGGCAGGUGCUGGGGGCCCGGGGAUAUAGCUUAAACCUAAUCCCUCCCUCCCUCAUCUCAGGUGAGAAGAAAGAGGGAAGAGUCGGGGUGGGAAGGGGCGGGGACGGGUCCUCCCCAUCUCACAAUAACUCUUUCCUUUCAGUGACCAUUAUGAUGAUUGUUUCAUCUGUUGAGCAUCUUUCUUCUCCAGUAACUUCCUUCCCGGGAUCACAAUAAACCUGCUGCUCAUAUAAUAACUCUCAUUCAGUCCCCACCCAAGGAAUUCCCUUCUCUGUAAUUAGCACACCCGUUAGUGUCUUUCUAACAGCCAGAAAUCGCCUUGCAAUUCCUGUGAGCUUCUAUGACAAUACUUUCUUGCUUACCAAGUAGCCCCACCCCUACAAAUCCCGUUCUUCAUUCCAUAGUUGUCCCAUAAGUCCCUGGAGGAGUGGGUUGUGCAGUGUUGGGGAGGGUUACCUGAAGACCCUCUGGUCACUAAUAUGGCCCUCAAAGCAGCUGUUCAAUAGAUGAUCCCAUUACAAAUAGGAGUGAAGCUGAGAUGGGUGAGGGACAAUAAAAGAGGGUUCAGGUAGGGCUGAAGGGGCAAACAAAGGAAAAAGCAACCGGGCAGGUGGAAGACAAAAAUCAGCCCCCAGAGAUAGGCGAGGGAUGAAAGGAGAUUCCUAAUAUCCCUUCUUGCCAUCCAGUCCUCCUCCCUGUCUCCUCUGCGCAGGUGAGCACCUUCAAGUCUGUCCUCAGGAGUACACCUGCUGUUCCAGUGAGACAGAGCAGAAGUUGAUCAGGGAUGCUGAAGUCACAUUCCGUGGCCUGGUAGAGGACAGUGGCUCUUUCCUGAUUCACACACUGGCUGCCCGGCAUAGAAAGUUUAAUGCACGCCGUCAUCUUCAAUAGCCUGUUUUCCGGCCUGCGGGACUACUAUGAGAAGUCUGGCGAGGGGUUAGAUGACACCUUGGCGGAUUUCUGGGCACAGCUCCUGGAGAGAGCCUUCCCUUUGCUGCACCCACAAUACAGUUUCCCUCCUGACUUCCUGCUCUGUCUUACUCGGCUUACUUCAACUGCUGAUGGCUCUCUGCAGCCCUUCGGAGACUCACCCCGCCGCCUCCGCCUACAGAUAUCCAGGGCACUGGUGGCAGCCCGGGCCUUGGUCCAGGGUCUGGAGACUGGAAGAAAUGUGGUCAGCGAAGCACUUAAGGUUAGAGGGGCCCUGAAUAUGGACAGAGCCCAGGAUGUGAAGAAGACAGGCACCAUCUGGCAGGAGAGGCCUAGAGCUGUCCCUUCCUUAUCUGUUCCUGGGCUCUGGUGUUCCAGAGGACAUCAGGAAGGAAGGCCAGAGUCAGGCCUCCCCGGGGUGUCUGACAUGAUCUCCUGGGACUUCUGGUCCUCCCUCUGGUGACCCACAUGCCUUCUGCUGAUCUUUCUAUAACAGUUUGAGAUUGGAGUGAACCCCUCAAUGUCCCCUCCUUCCUCCCUGCUACUGAAGAUCUCUCUUCAUCACUGGUCCUGUCCCCAGCCUCACCUCCUGCCUCCUUCCUCUCUCCUCAGCCUAAGCUCACUCUUGGCCCUGAAUCUUUCCUUACCACCUCCUCCUCAGUAUCAUCCUAGUCAAACCCCUCUCGUGAACCAGAAUCAGCAACCUUUUCUCUAGGUACCCCCCUUCUCAGUCCCACAGCAGUCCUGUGGUAUCGCCAGGUGCCACAUGGGGUCACCAACCACAAUUGUUCACAUCCAGCUUCCAACAGAUAGCCUGGGGAGGUACCAGUGUUGGAAGGCUGCAGACAGGCCCUGAUGCGUCUGAUUGGCUGCCCUCUUUGUCGGGGAGUUCCUUCACUUAUGCCCUGCCGGGGCUUCUGCCUCAAUGUAGCCCAUGGCUGCCUCAGCAGUAGGGGACUGGAGCCUGAAUGGGGCGGAUAUCUGGAUGGUCUCCUGCUGCUGGCUGAGAAACUCCAAGGACCCUUUUCCUUUGAACUGGCUGCUGAGUCCAUUGGGGUGAAGAUCUCAGAAGGUUUGAUGCACUUACAGGAAAACAGUGUAAAGGUGUCAGCGAAGGUGUUUCAGGAAUGUGGGACCCCCCAUCCCGUGCAGUCCCGCAGCCGGCGAGCACCAGCACCCCGAGAAGAGGCUAGCCGGUCGUGGAGGGCUUCAGCGGAGGAAGAACGGCCCACAACAGCGGCAGGCACUAAUCUGCACCGCUUGGUUUGGGAGCUCCGGGAGAGACUUAGCCGAGUACGGGGCUUCUGGGCUGGACUGCCUGUAACCGUAUGUGGGGACUCCCGCAUGGCGGCAGAUCUCUCACAGGAGACGGCACCCUGCUGGACUGGAGUUGGGAGAGGCCGGUAUAUGUCGCCUGUGGUCGUGGGCUCCUUGAAUGAGCAGCUCCACAACCCGGAGUUGGAUACUUCGAGUCCCGAUGUCCCGACGCGGAGGCGGAGGCUACAUCUCCGAGCAGCUACUGCUCGAAUGAAGGCGGCUGCGCUGGGUCAGGAUCUUGACAUGCAUGAUGCGGAUGAAGAUGCCAGUGGCUCUGGAGGGGGACAGCAGUAUGCAGACGACUGGAAAGCUGGGGCAGUGCCUGUGGUUCCCCCAGCCAGGCCUCCAAGGCCACCUCGUCCUCCUCGAAGGGACGGUCUUGGAGUGAGAGGAGGAAGUGGCAGUGCCAGAUACAACCAGGGCCGAAGCAGGAAUCUGGGGUCAUCUGUUGGCCUCCAUACCCCACUUGUCCUCCUCCUCCUUCCCUCAGCCCUGACCCUGCUUGUACUUCGAUAACGAGGGAGGGGCGCCCUAGCAUCAAAAGGCUUAGUGGCUCUUUUUCUUCCACCUCCCUCAGCCAGGCAUGAGGAGGAGUGGAAGGGGGCUACAGAGAGGGCAGAAAGGGACUUUGUGGGUGAAUGGCUGGGGCCCCAAAUCCAGGAGUUUCCAAUUAAUGGGGUGGGAGGUAGAUGGGUUUCAUAAUAUUUAUUUUUUCAUUUGGGAACUGGGGAUAUUUAUUUAGGAAGGAUGGUUCAGCUCUUUUAAAUCUUUGGGCUCACUGAUGGGGUGGGGGGUGGGACACGGGGUUGAAGGAACUUGAAAGUGGGGAGGAAUGGUACUAUUGGCAUGGGGGUACCUGGUAUUGAAAAUGGACACAUAAACUAGCUGAGAGUGAUGUCACUUGCCUGUAAACCCAUUAUUCUUUGGGAUGCUGAGGCAGGAGGAUUGAGAGUUAGGGACUAAUAAAGCUAGGUGCUGACAGUAGAACAGGAAGGAGGGUAGAACCUGAGUUUUGUUGCCUCUUUUAAAAUCAUCUGCUUCUUAAGUAUGGGGCGGGGGGAGGGACCCAUCUAGCGACCUUUGCCAUCCACAUCCAUCACAAACUUCCACUUCAUAUUUCAGUGUUCAUAUCAGUGUCUAUUGGUAAAUAAAGAAUUUAUUGGACCACGU